GAGAAAGCAGAGAGCGACAGGUGCACUGGCGCCCACGUGGGUUCUUUGAAGCGGAUGGUGGAAGAAAGAAGAAGAAGAAGAAGAUAACGAUGACGACAACGACGAAGAGGACGAAGAAGACGAAGAGGAUUACCGACCGGCUUCCUUAUGCCUGCUGAACAGACCGGCACUCGCUCUACACUCGAGUUGCCCUCAUGCCAAGUAUACAUGUGACUCAAUCGCGUGACACCAAAUUGAUGAAGAGUGUGGAGAAAUCCAGUCGAGACCAGUUGAAUAUCCCUAAGGCUAUUUCUUGACUACGCCGAUGAAAAAGACCGCGGCAAGAUCUCGGUGUGGCGAGUGGGAAAAGGUAGUUUUAAGAGGGGGAAGGGCUAACCAUUCGGUAGCAAAUGCUGGUAACCCGUCGCAAGGUCAAGAUCAGUCGGUUAAUCCCGUCCAGUAGGCUGAGGGCCUUGUACCUUGCGCGACGAAUAAUUCUCUGUUCGUUCGCAUUCUCGUUACAUAUAUAUGUGUUAUUUCACUCUCGAUACGCAAAAUAAAUUAAUGUAAAAUUAACAAAUCAUCAUUGCGACACAUAAUACAUUCUUGAAAUUAAACUGAUUAUGUUUAAAGAAUAGUAUAAUUCUGCGUUGAAACUUGUCAGAAAUGAACUUUUUCUUUGACACGCGAUAUUUUAUUUGAAAAUCUUGUGUCUCACAGGAAUGUAGUAAAUGUAUCGGAAUUUUAUUCUGUAAAUAUCUUUCAAUAGCCAUAUUAAUUAUCAAAUGUAUUCAAAAUAAUUAUUUGUAAGGUGGAAGUAUUAUUAUAGUGUGAUAAAAUCCUAAAAUACUUCUCACGCGAGUCUCUGUUAUGGAAACUUGCGUCUUGAUACCUAAAGAAUUCUCCUUGGUUCUUACCAACGAUCAGUCAUCUUGUAAGAGACACUUCAAAAAUGAUUCGAGUACGUUGGAUAUAAGGAUUUCGGUAUGGUCGAAUGUAUUCAUCCCAUCGGGAACGCUUAUUUAUCCAUUUCAAGGAUCAAUUAGAUUCGACAAGAUAGAUCUUUAUUCUCUCCUCGACGAUAAUGAUGUAAGUACGAACGCUGUAUAUUUUUCACAAAUAUUUUAUAUUUUAUGUAGUUUAUGUAGUGUUAAAAAAGUUUUAAUUUUCAUUGUCUAUGCAAAUUAUCUAUGCCGCUGCAAAAUAUUUGUUAUGUUUUUGCAGGAAAAACCACAUAAAUGUCCUCAAUGUUCAAAAUCAUUUCCGACACCAGGUGACUUGAAAAGUCAUAUGUAUGUUCAUAAUGGAUUGUGGCCAUUCAGAUGUCACAUUUGCAGUCGUGGUUUCAGCAAGCCAACAAACUUGAAGAACCAUAUGUUACUUCAUCUGGGUAGAUGUUCUAAUAAGAAGUAUAUCAAAUCUAUUUCCGACUUUUAAAUGAAUAUUUUGUAACAAUUAAAUGAAUUACUUUGUAACAAUUGU